AUGGCGUUUAUCUGUGGGACCGGAGCAGCUUUCGGGCAGCACUAUCGCACGGAUGAAAUGAAGGCGGCUUUUCGAGAGGCGAAACAACGCAGUUCGGGCGAUGAAUUGGCCUUCGCCGACCGCAUCUUCGAUGCCUGCGGCUUCGACGGCCGCUCCGCAGCUCCCGAGGGACGAGAGGAGUAUUUGCAUCGUCGCCAGGCCGAGAUGUUGGAUUUGGCUGCGGAGGCUGCGUGCCAGGCAGUGCAGAUGUGGGGAGGCAGCUGCCGAAGCAUCACCCACCUGUUGUGCGGCACGAUGACAGGUGGCAUGGAGGCUCCCUCCCUCGAUAUUCGUCUCUCCAAGAAGCUCGGCCUUCCCGACAAGGUGGAGCGCAUCUCUGUGGAGAACAUGGGCUGCCUCACGGGCUUUCGACUCCUCAACGUUGCUCGACAGAUCGUGGCCGCAGAUGCAGUUCGGGCCAAGGUUUUGGUUGUGGUGGCUGACCUCCGCUCACUGAUCGGAAAUUCCCUCCCAGACUUUUGCGAGCGAUCGGACGUCAUCUCAGCAUGCCUUUUCCGAGAUGCAGCCUCCGCUGCAGUGGUCACUGGAAGUAGACGUUCUGGACUCUUGGAGAUCAUAGGUGCCAAGUCCACGAUGAGCGAGUCUGUCGGGAAGUAUCGAGAGAAUCAGGACGGAUCCACAUGUCUGCCUGAUGCUAUUGCUGCAGCGGAACCCAAGUUCCUGUCCACCUUGCUGUCCGAGGCUGGGCUUCCAGAGGUGCCUACGCUUGCAGAGGUGGACAUAGCGUGCCUGACAGGAGGCCCGCGAAUUCUCCAAGAGGUUGCCCAGGCUGCUGAUGUUUACAAAGACCAGAUGGAGGCAAGCUGGGCCGUCAUGAAGGAACAUGGCAAUUUGAGCGGCGCCAGCAACCUGGCCGUCUUGGAUUAUCACCUCCGCCGCGUGGAGUCGCGACAGCCGCCGCGGCGCUUCGUGAUCGGCCUGGCCAUGGGCCCCGGGCCCUGUCUCGAAGGCGUCCUCAUGAAAAACCUCGCAGCUUGCUGA